GAAAUUUUAGAUAAUUACUGGACAACUUAAUGGGAUCUACCAUAGUAAUAUUAUUGAUUGCUUUGUUUUAUACGAUGAAAGCAUUUCGACUUCUUGAAGAUGAAUAUGAUCCGCAGACCAGAAAAAUCUCAGAAAUAUUAGACGUCCUUAUCGAUAAUAAUACUUAUGAUAGACGUCUAAGGCCAAAACAUGGUGAAGAACCGGUAAACGUUGGUAUUACGUUACAUGUGUCAAGCGUUAGUGCAAUAUCCGAAGUUGAUAUGGACUUUACGAUCGAUUUUUAUUUGAGGCAAACUUGGAAUGACCCACGCCUUGCAUUUAGCCAUUACCUGUAUGGUAUCUUCGAAAAUAACAUUGAUUCAUUAACGGUUGGCGUAGAUUAUCUACAGAAAUUAUGGAAACCAGAUACAUUUUUCCCGAAUGAGAAGAGGUCAUACUUUCACGUAACUACAACGCAUAAUUCAUUCUUGCGCAUCUAUCCAAACGGCAACGUAUUUACCAGUCAGAGGCUAACUGUUACAGCUAUAUGUAACAUGGAACUUCAGUUAUUCCCUAUGGAUUCCCAGAAAUGCAAACUUGAAAUUGAAAGCUAUGGAUACAGCGUAUUAGAUAUUGUUUACUUUUUCAAUAACUCGAAAAAUCCAGUAUCGAAAUCAGAAUUUGAAUUGCCUCAGUUUGUACUCAUCGAUAUACAAGUUGCAUCACGAAAUGUUGCCUUAGUUUCUGGCAACUACUCACGUCUAACCUGCACAUUUCUUUUCAAGCGAAAUAUAGGAUUCUACAUAAUUCAAGUUUAUUUACCCUCAAUUUUGAUCGUUAUCAUAUCGUGGGUAUCUUUCUGGCUCAACCGUGAUGCAACUCCAGCACGAGUAGCGCUUAGUGUACUUACCAUACUUACUAUGACUACACUUACCGCAACUACAAAUGCCUCAAUGCCGAAAGUUUCUUACGUUAAAAGCAUCGACAUAUUUCUCGGUGUAUCAUUCAUUAUGGUAUUCAGUUCAUUACUUGAAUUUGCUGCCGUUGGAUAUAUCAGUAAAAGAAUAAAAUUGAACGAAAGGAAGCAAAUGGAUAUGUGUAGGAAGUUACCAAGUGCAUUAUCAGCCUGCUUCUAUACUAUGCCAUCAAGAACAGAGGACACUAUAAUUCCGCUCUAUCAUCCAUUUUAUUCAUCUCGUGAUAAAAAUUCCAUUCUGUACAAUGGAGGCGCAAUCAAACCACCUGUAAUUCUGAAAAAAGGUGAAUGUCAAUGUCCGAUACCUCCACCAUCACCGACAUCGGCAUUUCAUAUAAAGAAAACCCCAAAAAAGGAAUAUAUAAUAUUGUUCUGUGUCAUACGACCCAAUAAAAUCGAUAAAUAUUCGCGAUUUAUUUUUCCUUUGAUUUUCCUGGUAUUCAACAUAAUAUACUGGUUCUAUUACUACAGCAUCAGCGGUACGGAGCUUACGAAUAUAGACUUGCUGUGAAACAGUUACUGUACCCUCAGUUUCCCACUUCAUGCAUCACUUUUUCCAUAAUUCCAUCGUUCAAUUUUCAGGGAAUAAUGCUAUCCAUAAGAG